AACACGAAUUGCUUUGAUCAUUUUUUUAACCGCAAAAAGUGACAUUCCAGUAGGUACCAAAUUGUUUUGUUCUAUCUACUGAUUCAGGACGAUGGCUAGCUCUGGCUAUUCUUACAAUGGCAAACUGUAUAGGCCGUGCGCCACUGUGGCCGACGAGAAUAGUUUUUUCCAUUCGGCCUUCGGAAUUAGAGCCGCUGAGGGCGAAACCUACUCCGAUAAACACUAUAAAGUUAAGCGCAUGCGCUGGGCUGCAUUCCUGACUUAUUUCGAAAAUGAGGAAAUGCCGGUUGUUCUAGCAGAUAUACUGAUUGGAUGUUUCUCAGCAAAGGACGCAUACAAGCACAAAUCCAUCAGGGAUAAAAAUCACUUUGAAAGUUACGUACGUGACAUUACGAUGGCGGGGCAACCCGUUACCAAACAAGAAGUACCCAUUCUGUCGACAUUGGAAAACAUAAGAAUCGUACUGUUAUCAAAUGAAGGACCGGAUCCAGUUGUAAUUGUAAACCCCAAUGUUGAAAUUCUGGGAAAUUAUUCAACCGUUCUAGAAAAGAGCAAAGAUGAAGUUGUCUUGUGUCUAGAAGAGAAUACGUUUUCGAGGCUCGAACCCGUCUUCGAAUCUUCUGCCUCAAAUUCUUUAAGAGCCAUCGAAAACAAAGCCACCAGAGAACAGUUACAGCAGACUGAUAGUUCCCUAAGAUAUAAGAAAGGUGGGAGUGCUGGGAGCGAAGGCGUUGAAUUCCAAGUCAAUUUGCUGAUGGUACUCCUGUUAAAUUCCCUGAGGAACCUCAAAGACUGGAAACUGUCUACAGAAAAUAAAGAAGCAGGGAAAUUAGACGACGCAGUUCUAGAAUUGCCGGAGAGCGCGUUUUUGAUCCAAGCCAAACAUAAAGGGAAUGCGAAUGCGAGGAUAACUUUCGAUGAUCUGCUUUCCACUAAUUCGAAAAAAGACGAUUUCAGCUUGCCCAAGUAUUUUCUCUCGUACCAAGAAGUGAAAAAUGGAUUUAAAGGGAAGAAUACCAUUAUAAUUUGUACCAACGCAGGUAUCGAUAAGACGGCCUUGGAAUUUCUAGCCAACCGCAGAAUUUGCACUGAAAGUGUACUAUAUUGUGCUGACGAAAAUUAUUCAUUUCAUACAUUCAAUCUCAACAUUUUGAGCUCUUUAAAAGAAAAGGUUGGAAUAUAUCUGGAAAAAAAUUGGCAAAACAAAAAUAUUGACCGAACGGUAAUCACUGAUGAGAAUUUGAAGGAUUUUCUGGAACGAUUACAGUUUUAUUUCAAUUACCCGUUGGGCAGUAACACAGAAAAAGACACUGGAAAAUUAGUGUCUCUCCUGAAAUGUUCUGGAAAUUUUUGCGACCAAAUAUCUACUUCGGAAAUAUACGCUAAAUUAAUGAAGUGGUUUCAGCAAAAAGACGGCAUAUACUUAACUGAGACUACCGCUAAUGCCAUGCUUUUUGAAAUAAAAAGCGACCAGUACUGGCAAAAGUUGGAUAAGUAUGGCGUGUCCUUCCAAAGAAAUUUGUUGAAUGUCCAAGAUAAAAAGAAGGUGUAUUACGUUAGUGCUGAGGCAGGAUAUUUGCUGCAAGAAUUGAGAAUUCAUCAUUCUUUGAGAAACAACAAAUCUAAAAUCCUCUACGCCAGUCCCGAGGGUGGUGAAUUUCAAAAAAUAAUAGAAACAUUUAAAGUGUCACGUUAUACCAUUCUAGUAGUAAGUUUCUGUUCUAAAGGGAUUAUAGAAGAAUUUUUAAUAGGCGGGAUGUGGGACAAAUUAAGAAAAAUCUUAAAUCAGUAUGAAAAGAAGAUAGUUAUCUUAUUGGCUGAGAGAAAUAAAAAAUUAUUGGGACAAAUUGAUCUGGACAGAAGUUUUUGUGAUAUUAUCGAUGGAUCUGUAAGGUUCAAGGAUUUUUCUCAGGAUUCUCAAUCAAAAUUGCUACAGAGAAAAGUAGUUUUCCAAGGAGCAGAAGUUAGCUUAGAAGUACUACUUGAAAAUCAUAUCGAUCGGGAUUAUACAAAUGAACUAAGUUUAGAAAUAUUAGAGAAAUUAGUCCGAGAAGAACAGAUUAAAGUAGGACUAGAGGUAUAUCCAUUAGACGAACAAGUUGGCCGUUAUUAUGUUGAUCGCACCUUUAAGAAAGAAAUAAAGAGAAGUGAGGAAGAAGAGGGAGUUGGCAUGGAGAGAAUAGAAACAAUUUCAGAAGAGAAAAUAUAUACGGCGAGGCAUAAAGUAGUAGUAAUCGCUGAUGCGGCAGGGAUGGGAAAGAGUACGGUCCUUUCCCGUUUAGCGGUUACAAUUAAGAACAAAAAUCCUCAACUGUGGGUUAUACGAAUCGACCUCAGUGAUUACUCUGGAAUUUUAAAAGAUUUCAAAGAAAGAAAUAAGAUCAUAGACGUAACAGAGCUACUAGAUUUUAGAGACACUAAAUUGUCGAACCAAUUAGAAGAAGUUUUAUUUUCGAUGAAGAGAAAAGUUGUCGUUUUGAUGGACGGCGUAGAUGAGAUCAGCCCCGACUAUACGGAGCUGGUGAUAGGACUACUUGUUCAAUGCCAACAAGGAGCUAAUUUUGACAAAGUAUUCGUAACUACGAGACCCAAUAUGGCACAAGAAUUGGAAUCAAAGCUGCAAGUGAAAUCUUUCACGUUACUCCCGUUUACAGAACGCCACCAAAUACGUUUUCUAACAGAGUAUUGGGCGCAUAAUUUGAAAUUAGAUAGUAUCGAUAAGAAGAAAUGCGAGACAUACGCUUACAUACUGUUAAGAACAAUGUCGUCUUGGAUGAAUUUACAUCAAGAAGGUGAACAAAUUGGUGCGAUGCCACUACAGAUCAGAAUGUUAGCGGAGAUAUUUCAGACAAACGAUAGAUCAGAAGAAUCGAUGGAUUGGGAAGGAUGCAAAGAAUAUCUAGAAGGAAACGGAAUAUCAAAAUUACCAGAAAAAAGUAAUGUUGCAAAAAUCUACGAGAUGUUUAUUGAGAAAAAACGAAACGUCUUUAAAAUUAAGGGAAAUCCAAACGGUAAUACGGCAGCGAAUGAAGCGCUUGUUGAUCAGUUUGAGGAGUGUCUCGCUUGUCACCGUUUGCUCGCCUUAGAAGAAAUUCUACGUAAAUCAGAGUGUGAAUUGUUCUCGCAUUACCAGCCAGUAGACAGAAAUGUGGAAACAAAGAUAUCGAAGAUGGGGAUCGUACAAAUAUCGGAAAAUAGAUUCUAUUUCGUCCACAGAACUUUUGCUGAAUUUUUUGUUGGGAAAAGUCUCUUAAGCGAAUUGCAGCUUCAAGUGAAACAUAAAAAUCUAAACUUUCAAAAAUUCUUCUUCGACGAAAUAUUAUUGAAAAAAAAAUUUAAAGUAGUUCGUGUAUUUUUCGACAAUUUUCUAAAACAAAUUGUGCACGACUUACCUCCUAAUAUUUUCGAAAGUUACCGAUCUUUAAUAUAUGCUAUUGAUUUGGAAGCUACUUUUCGUUUAAUACACAGCAUGGCGGAGGAAGGCUGUACAGCAAUUCUUCGACUGCUGUUUAAAUGCAUCCACUUUAAAGUUAUCGGAGAUAAAAAUAUUGGUUUUGACCACUUUAAGCAACAUAUCUUUAAAUGCAUCUCUUCAAACGUAUUGAUUGUUUUAGAUGUCCUUGUACGAGAGGGAGGAGUCAAUAUUUGUGAUGAAUUUAAUAGGACACCAUUACUGUCCGCUACUCAACGAGAACAUUUGGAAAUGGUGAAAUUUUUAGUUGAACAAGGUGCGAAUUUGAACCCUAUAAAACCAGUAGUGACGCCGUUGUGGUUUGCCGUACGAGGUUCUCAGUUCGAUGUGUUGAAAUUCAUGGUGCUGCAUGGAGCAGAUUUGAAAAUAAGAGACUAUCACGAUUACUCAAUAUUGUACAAUGCCAUAUCUACAAGUAACGUGGAAAAAGUUGAAUUCCUUCUGGAUUACACUUUACAGUACAACAGAUGGGAAGAAAUAGGAUCGAUUAUUCCGUACACGGCCGCAUAUUUGGGCCAAUUAAAUACUCUCGAAGGUUUAAUAAAAGAAGGUUUGAAUAUACACGUCACAGUAGAAAAGGGCGAAACCCUGAUUUUAGGCGCGGCACGUGGAGGACAAAUAGAAACUGUUAAAUAUUUAAUGAGACACGAUGCCGAUAUCAAUAGUACGGAUGAGGAUGGCAACACGGCGCUUCAUUUAAUAGCCAACCGGCCCGCGUUUGUCUCGACCGCUAAAGAUUUAGUGGAAUUGGGCAUUGACGUUAACGUUAAAAAUUAUCGCGGGGACACAGCGCUGCACUUAGCCAUCAGUUCACUGGGUAUGACGGAAUUUCUAGUCAAAAGUGGCACGGAUGUGAACAGUAGAAACCAAAAUGGGACAACGGCGCUCUGUUUAGCUGCCUCUUGCGGUCAACUGGAAACAGUAAAGUUUCUCGUGGAACACGCUUCAGAUAUCAACGUUACGGACAACGCCGGCAAUACCGCGCUACAUUCAGCUGCAGGAGCUGAUUUGAACACUGUCAAAUAUCUUUUGCGACGUGGAGUUGAUGUUAACGUAAAAAACAAUAACGGCUACUUACCGCUGCAUAGUGCAGCUCUACAAGGUGAUUCAGAAAUUGCAAAAUUCCUUGUAUUGGAGUGCGGUGUAGAUGUUAACGCUAGAGAUGCUACAGGAAGCACGGCGUUAUAUGUGGCCCUUCGGGGAGGUCAGCGUUACGUUAUUGAAUGUCUUGUGGAACUUGGCGCGGGCGUUAAUAUCGAUAACGGCCUGGGCUUCACGGCACUGCAUCUCGCUGCUAGUAAUGGUUUAUUGGAUAUUGUCAAAUCCCUUGUAGAUCUUGGUGCUGAUAUUAAUAACAAAGACGCAAGCGGCCAUACUUCAUUACAUUUAUCCGCGUUAAACAGCAGAUGGCAGAUUGUUAAAUUUCUUAUGGAACUCGAUUCAAAUCUUGAUAUGGGAGUAAACGAUCGCGAGAUAGUGGUAAAUUUAGCUUCCAAAGUAAGGAACGUCUUAUAUCCUUAUGGUCGAGGAAGUCUACAUGAAGCUGCCGCAAACGGUAACUUACGGAUUAUAAAAGUUCUCUUGAAGCUUGGCGUGAAUGUAGAUAUGGUAGAUCAUAAUGGGUGUACACCAUUGCACGUAGCCUCUUCAUGUCUGGUAACCACCGUUAAAUUCCUUGUAGAACACGGCGCAGAUAUUAAUAUUAAAGACCGUAGAGGAGGCACGGCACUGCAUCAUGCCGUUUGUACUAGUCAGUGGGACGUAAUUAAAUUCUUUUUGGAACGUGGCGUGAACAUUAACAUUACCGACAAUGACGGCUCGACACUAUUACAUUAUGCUGCUAGGAGUGGUCAGUGGGAUAUUAUAGAGUUCUUUCUGAACCGAGGGAUUGACGUAAAUGUUAGAAAUAUUUACGGUCUGGUGCCGAUACAAUUUGCAGUUAUGAGCUGUUCGCGGUUUACGCUUAAUGCACUUUUGGAACGUGGCGCAGAUGUGAACAACAGAGACGACGAUGGUCGUACGGCGCUGCAUUUCGCUGCGUCUGGAGGUAAUUUAGACGCCGUCAAAUUUCUUGUGGAAAGUGGCAUCGACACCUCUGUUAGGGACAACAGUGGGCGCACGUGGCUCCAUUUUGGCGCUUUGGACACUGUCAAUUUUAUUCUAGAUCUUGGCAUAGAUGUAAACGUUAGAGAUAACGACGGACGCACGCCACAACACUGCGCGGCCGAGAAGGGUCAGUUAAAUAAAGUUGAAGUGCUCGUGAUGCGUGGUUCCGAGCUCAAUAUUAGAGACAGCCAUGGCCGUACCGCCUUGCUCUUAGCAGCCGCAGCGAAUAAAUGGACGGUAGCGGAGCAUCUUAUGCGGUUCGCUUUUGAUGUUAAUAUGAAAGAUAAUACCGGACGCACGGUGUUGCACUUCGCUGCUUUGAUUGGACACUUGAACAUGGUGGAGCGCGUCGUGGAACUUGGUGGAGAUGUUAACAUCCAAGAUGACGCUGGCCGCACGGUACUGCAUUUAACAGCUUUACAGGAUUUUUCGGUUGCACUCCCUAUUCGUGGCUUUUGUAAUACGGAUGAUAUGGUCAGGACAUAUUGGAACAUUGUCAAGUUCUUAGUAGAGAAAGGCGCAGAUAUUGAUACCAAAGACUACGCGAAGGACACGGCUGCUAUGUUGGCUAUAAGGGGAGGAAAUUACCAUCUGCUUCAGCACCUCGAGCCAAAAAAUAAAUAAUAAUUGUACAACACACAUAUGCUACACUGAUGCAAACAAUUUUUUUUUGAAAAAUUUUCGAAAUAAUUUUGGAAUUUCUUUCCCGAUACGACCAUUUUUCACCUAAAUACAG